UUCAGCCACCAUGUCAGGACUCGCCCAUGCAAUUUCCUUACUCACGGAUACCUUUGAAAAACACGCUGGAAAAGACGAAGAUUGCAAAACCUUGAGCAAGUCAGAACUUGCUGAGCUGCUCCGUAGUGAGUUUCCUGAGAAAGGCAACAGCAGAGCUGUAGUGGAAAGUUUCUUCACCACGCUGGAUAACGACAGCAAUGGUGCUGUUGACUUCAAGGAGUUUGUCACUUUUGUGACGGCCCUCGCCGUGAUGAUGAAACGAUGAAACGUUCCCCAGAACGUUCUCGUUGGUUUAGAAUUAAGAGCUGAGUGUUCCGACUUGAACCAGCGACACAGUCACAUUUAUAAAACAUACAUGUCAUUAUCAUAUGUUCUGAGGAGGAAAAGUUGGUCAAACACACAAUUAUAAUUAUAGAUUCCGUAGUUUAUUAUGGAGAGUCGACUUGAAUGUGUUGUAUCACUGAGGAGUGACCAAAACAUUCCUGAAAUAAAUGAUGUGACACUUUAAAACUUUUGUUCCGUGUGUGUGUGUCUGUUGUUCUGCCUUUCAACACAACAUAUGAAUUUAAGUGUCAGUUCCUCAUUUAAGGACCCAUUUUGUUUCCUAUUAUUUUCCACUGUAAUGUCACUGCUUGUAUGGUUUACAAACAAAUUAGGA